AUCACAAUACUUUUUGAUAAAUAAGGUCUGCCUUUUCGUAUUCUCACCCGGUAAAACAGUCUCCUGUGUGUUAUAUAUAUGAAAUCAGAAAUUAUAGUAUUCUACUGUAAAUUGAUACAUAUUUGUUAAAAUAUUAUCAGGGGUUUGUUUUUAGCUGAUUUUUGGUGGGUUCUGUGAUCUGAGCACAGUUGGAAUUUUAUUACUGAAGUACAUGUUUAGAUAUAUGAUGCAGUACACUUCUUUCAGCGCCUGGGUCAGUCAGAUUCUUACUUGCAUUGGAAAUUGUUUUGGUUGCUGUACUAAAUCCCAACCAAUUAUUGCGGUGGAUGAGCCCUCAAAGCGACUACGAAUUCAAGGUCUGGUGGUGAAGAAACCAAGCAUUUCGGAAGAUUUUUGGAGCACCAGCACAUAUGAUAAUGACAAUAGCACACUUCUAUCCCAGAGAAGCUUGUCGUCAAUCAGUAUAUCAAAUCAGAAGAGCCAGAACACGGGUAUCAGCAGCACAAGUGACCAUUCUGAAUUCAUAAAUCAUGGUCUUCUGCUUUGGAACCAAACCAGGCUUCAGUGGGUUGGUAAUAAAAGGUCUCAAAGCCGAGGAAAAGUUCAGGACCCUGUAUUAAGUUGGAAUGCAAGUUAUGAGAGCCUUCUGGGAACUAGCAAGAAAUUCCCUCAGUUGAUUCCUCUCUCAGAAAUGGUUGAUUUUCUUGGGGAUAUAUGGGAGCAAGAAGGGUUGCAUGAUUGACAAAUUCAGUUCCAAUGAUUAUUAGCUAGCUCGAUAGUGAAUUUUCAGUUUCUUGUGCGUUGGAAAGAUCGUCCGCUAAGUGAUGCUACGUGGAUUAAUGAAGUAGAAUUUCGUCAAUUGGAUUCAAAGCUUUUAGAUGCUUACUUGGACUAUACCUCGCCGGAGUCGAGUUCUUUUCAGUCGGGGAGGAAUGAUGCAACAAGGAAACAAUUAAAAGUCUAUUCAAGGCGAAAGACUAAUAAUCAAUAGAAUUCUAGUAUACCUAAAUUAUAAUAGUUUUAUUUUGACAAUGUUAUCUUUUAAUUUCAAGUUUCUUUAGAUAAGAAGUUUAUUUAAUUUCAAAGUCCUUCUCUAUGUAAAGGGGCUUAAGGCAAUAUUUAGAAACACUUGCAU